UUUCUUUUUCUUUUUUUUUUUUAAAAAAGAAAGUAACGAUGGAAAUAUUUUAUCUCCUUUGCUCUAUCGUCUCCACUUCCCUCACCUCUCUUUUUCUAUCCCUUGUUCUUACCUUUCACGCGCUACUGCGGCGGCGGAAUUCCUCACGCGCCGCUUCUUCCUUCUCCAAUAUAGAAGCUGAACCCAUAUCUCUCUACGAAGGCACAGUGUGGCACCAACGUCGCCACCCCGUCAACCAUUCCUUCCAAUACCGGGUCCGCUACGCGCUCAUUGACCUCGACCGUGCACCUCGCGAGCCUCACGACCAUCUUUCUACCGAUAAAGCUCGCCAAAUUACCGAUACCAAUGGACCCAUUUUGCUCCUGACAAUCCCUCCUAGUGUGGGUUAUGAACAGAAUCCUUUGAGUGUGUAUUAUUGCUAUGCUGUUGAAGGCUCUACUAAAUGGUUGAAGAAGUGCAUUGCUGAGGUGACAAAUACACCAUGGGGUGAAAGAGUAUCUUUUCUUUUCAACCCACACUCUGAUCUAGUGGCCAAGGCUUUGCAUGUCAGUCCUUUUAUGGAUAUGCUUGGAAGUUGGAAUAUCAAAGCAAAUGAUCCUGGAGAGAAUCUUACAAUAUCAAUUUCAGUUCAUCAUCCCGAGCAUGGAAACUAUUUUGCUGCUAGUCUGAAAGCCAGAAAGCUGUGCUCAUCCCCAGAGUCAGAUCAUGCAGUUUUCUUUUGGUUGAUGCCUCAUAAAGUUGCAGUAUGGAUAUAUUGGCAAGCUAUAAAACUCUGGUGGAAAAACGUGCGUUUUGUCCAACACCCUAGAUAUAACAUUCCCUCAUAUAAGGAUGAAGCUUUGAUGCGGGACAAUAAACUGCAGUGUUGUGGUUGUUUAGCUGAAGCAAGUCCCCAAAACCGGUGGUUUAGAUGGAGAGAUGCCAAGUGGCCAUGGUCAUAGAAACAUGUUAAGGUUACUAGUUGCGGCCUUUGAAAAUUGAAACAUUUUACGAUUACCUUUAUUUCUUUAGGAUUACUCUUUUGUUAAUUAUAACAUGUUGACAAUUAUUAUUACUCAUUUUAAAGCUUCAUCUCCUUUCCACUUUGAGCUACCGUACGUUUUCAUCCUCAUUCCCUAUCGCCAAAGCCAUCAUUGCUUUUCCCAUCUGUUUGAUUUUGGCUUGUUAGAGCUAGGAAUGUAGUAAAACAAAAUGUAAUAAAGUUACCAUUUCUUUGUUUUGAUAUUUUAUGAUGAAAUAGAAUCAAUUUUUAGUUUUGUUA